AUGAUGGGUGGUAGUGAUGGUGGGAUAGUUAUUGGGAGGAAGAAGAAGUCGAAGGAGAAAGUUCAAUGGGUUUGUAGCAAUUGUGGGUACAGUGCAGGACAAUGGUGGGGCGUCUGCCGAUCAUGCAAUGUAUCUGGAACUAUGAAAGAGGCCAAAUUCAGUGAUGCUGAUGGUGUGGUUAGUGGGUUUUCAGUUUUGGGGGACGGUGUGGGGUCUUGGCUACCGCAACAGGAAGGGGAGUUGCGUCCCUUGAGAUUGGCAGAGGUAAACAGGGGACUUGAUCAUCAACAUUGGAGAAUUCCUUUAUCUGGUCCAUUCGGAGAUGAAAUUUCCAGAGUGCUUGGUGGUGGUUUCGUACCAGGUAUAAAGAAUUUUUUAGCUGAAAAUUGUGAAUGGGUAGUGAUUAUUGGAUCAUUGACUUUAAUUGGUGGUGAUCCUGGUGUUGGGAAGAGUACUCUUUUGCUGCAGAUUGCUGCAAUUAUUGCAGAAGGGCACAGUGAUGGUGAAGCAUCUCCAGUUGUAUAUGUCUCUGGUGAAGAGAGUGUAGAGCAAAUUGGUAACAGAGCAGAUCGUCUUAAGAUUGAGUCUAAUAUUUAUUUAUAUUCAAGUAAUGAUGUUGAGGACAUAUUGAAGAAAGUUCAGUAUCUCUCCCCUGGGGCCCUAAUAGUUGAUUCAAUACAAACUGUGUAUUUAAAAGGAAUAAUGGGAAGUCCUGGUGGGAUUAUGCAGGUGAAAGAAUGUACUUCAGCUUUACUGCGAUUCGCGAAGAAGACAAACAUCCCAGUUCUUUUGAUUGGACAUGUGACAAAAUCUGGAGACAUUGCAGGACCUCGUGUCUUGGAGCAUAUUGUUGAUGUUGUUCUAUACAUGGAAGUUGGUAUCUUGUUACAACUUUCUUUCUUUGAGCACUUAGUGAUAACAUAUGCAAGUAUCAAUGGUGAGAAGUGCUCGUCCCAUCGUAUGCUUCGAGCUGUGAAAAAUCGAUUUGGAUCCACUGAUGAGCUUGGAGUUUUUGAGAUGUCACAUUCAGGACUUCAGGCUGUUUCAAAUGCCAGUGAAAUGUUUCUCAGUGAGCAACACCUGGAUUCUGAAAUUUUAGCUGGACUAGCUGUUGCUGUAAUCAUGGAUGGGUCCCGGACAUUCCUUAUUGAAAUUCAGGCACUUUGUCUUUCUAGUUCAACAGGUUCAAGGCAAGUUAAUGGUAUCCAACUAAAUAGAGCUGAUAUGAUCAUAUCAGUUCUUAUAAAGCAAGCAGGUCUUCGUCUCCGAGAACAUGCUGUGUUUUUGAAUGUUGUUAGUGGAUUGACACUGACUGAGACUGCUGGAGAUCUUGCUAUAGCAGCAGCCAUUUGCAGCAGCCAAGUUGAACAUAUUGUUGCACUCCUGCUUCUUUUUCUACCUUGCUUGGAAAUCCCUAUUCCAAAUGACAUUGCAUUCAUUGGUGAAAUUGGCCUUGGUGGAGAGCUUCGCAUGGUUCAUAGAAUGGAUAAAAGGGUAUAUACCGUUGCGAAAUUGGGUUUCAGAAUGUGCAUAGUACCCAAGGUGGCUGAAAAAGCUUUAGGAACUGAAGGUUUAGAAAAGAUGAAAGUUGUUGGUUGCAGGAAUCUGAAAGAGAUCUUCAACUUGGUUAGGUUAAUCAAUAAUCUGGUAAUGAAGUUGAGCCAGGCAUUGGGAACAAAUGAACUUGAGGUGAAGGGUCUUCUCUUUAAUACUUACAAAACAUCCAACAACAUAUAUUGA